GACUUACUCUUUAUGAAAGUUACGCAUGCGUGUAUUUUGUUACUUCUCAGAACGUCACAACAAAAAUAGAACGUCGUCAUUAGACGGGGAAGGAAGCGUAUUUGUUGUUAUACGGAAGAUCGUGUCUUCAUAAUAAGAUCCUUUACAGUUUGUAACCUUGGCAAGGCUUGGGAAAACAAUUUUCUAGAACAGAACAAAAAACAUGGAAGAGGAGACAACAGGAAAUUUGUCCCGACCAAGGGAGGCAUCUCCCCAGAAACGCCCAGAGUUUGCGGCAGUGGUUUUUCAGUGCAUUCCCGAGACCUACCCUGCUGAUGCCCACAUUGAAUGCCGCUACACCAUAACCCCUGACCUCAUUCCAACAUCACGAGACUGGGUUGGUCUGUACAAAGUGGGCUGGAUGACGACUCGUGAUUACUACUACUAUGAGUGGGCACAGACACCAGCAGGAUACGAGGCAGGGAAGGAAGUGGAAUCCAGUAUAUUAUUUCCAGCUCAUAAGCUUCCGGGAGAAGAUGGGGAAUUUUACCAGUUCUGUUAUGUCACCAGCUCUGGACAAAUUCGUGGGGCCAGCACACCUUUCCAGUUUAAAAAUCCCAGUGCUGAUGACUUUGUGGAACUGGACGAUGAAGAGACAAACAUGCUAGUUAUCCGCUCUAAGACCAUGGUACUGGAGGAAAACAUUCAGAAGCUUCAGGCUGAGCAGGAAGCUCUGGUUCUAGGCCAGAAGGAGCUGGAGUGUGAGAGAGAUGGCCUACUGUCCAGAUUGUCUGAGAUGGACAAACAGCUGCAGGUUCUGACAGAGGAUAACAAAAGGUUACAGGACCAGGUGAUGGCUGGAGAGAACUACAUCAAGCAACUCAACCAAGAGGCCCGGGACAUGAUGGUAACCCAGGAAGCUCUACAGACAAAGCAGGAGACACUGUCAACUAAAGCUAGUGAUACAGAAACCAAGCUGGCAGAGAAAGAUGAGGCUCUCAAGGGGUUACAGGUCAUCCUGAUGAAAAUGACUGGAGAAAAAGAUGAGUUAGCUGGAGAGAACCGAACACUCAAGGAACAAAUGGAGCUGUAUAAGAAUCACUUCACGACAUCGGAGAGUUCAGCUCAGGAAUAUGGACGGCAGAUGGAGGAGAUGAAGGUGGAACAUAGAAAGGUGGAAGCUCAAGUGGCAGAACUAAAGCAUCAGGUGGAGGAGAAAAAACAUGAGCUGGGGGAGGCAUGCAAAAAACUAGAACAACAACAGACAGUGUCCAGGGAGGACAAGGACCAGAUUGACUCCCUGACAGAAAAACUGCGGAACACUGAAGAUAAGCUUGAUGCUGCGGAAAAAGUUAAAAUCAUUCUGCAAGAGGAAAUCAAAUCCUAUGAAGAGAUGAACAAGAAGAUGUCGAAUGAUCUGGAAAGGUCCGAGGGACAAAGCUAUGCCCUAAAACAACAGCUGGCCCAAAUGGAAGAUGAAAUGAGCCGAGAAACAGAAUUACUGAGAGCAGAAGUUGUCUCGACCCAGCAUGAUCUCAAACUAGCACUACAGGAGAAGAACAAGCUCCAGGAGGAGAUUGAGGAGCUGAACCAGAGUAAGGACACAACAGAAAGUUCUGUGUCCUCUCUACACUGUCUGAAGCUCGCCCAGGCCAGUCUGAAGGAGAGAUACUCCAAAAUGGAACAGAACUACUCAGAACUCCACACUGAGUUAUCAAAGAGGAAGAAGGACAAUUCUCAACACAUGAGGGAACUCAAGCGAGAAAUCGAGGACCUGAAGGAACGACUUAACAUGGCUGCCGAGGAGUAUAAAGCCCUAUACAUUGAAAAGAGAAAAUACCAAAAGACAGCGGAAAAGUUACAGAAAAAAGUGGGACUGGAUUGUUCGAGGGACUCUUUCCAGAAUUCCUUACCCGAGGUGACUCGGGAGGUGAUGCAGACACAAGCAGUAUCAGAUUCCCAGUCAUUGCCUGAGAUAACAGCCAAGGAAGGGUCAGUAACCAAGCUUCAGAGUGAUGUAGAUGACGUGUCCAAGCUUCAGAGUGAUCUAGAUGAUGUGUCUGCAGAACUACAGAAAAGAAAUGAGAAAAAGAACAAGUACAAGAAGAUGUACAGUGAGGAGAAGGAGAGGAUGGAAGUCCUUAGGAGACAUUUCCACGACGAACUGAGGAAAAAAGAUGAAGAAAUCGAGCGCCUCAGAAAGCGCAUGCAGGAGGUUACCUCAGAAACAGACAUUAAAGUCUGGUCCUUGGAGAAUUUUUUGGUGAGCAAAGACCAAACUAUAGAAGAACUGAAUCGUAAAUUACGAGACAAUGUUAAACUGCAUGAUGGUCCAGGAGAAACACGAACAUCCAUCAAGUCCCCCCCUGGGGCCCCAUACCCUGUCUACAUGUAUGGCAAUCCUUACCCUGGCUCCAUACUCUACCCUGCUCCAAUCGUGUACCCCCCAGUAUCACCAUGCCAGGGACCAGAUGGAAAACCACUUCCUCCCCUCAGAUAUCCAGGCAUGGCUGCUUCUGCCCCAAAUAUUACCCAUACCACAUCCCGGACUGUACAGCCCUUGGUGUACCCUGACCCAGUCAUUGUCAGACAACCAGCUCCUGUGAAAUCAGUCAACCAGGACCAUCUCUCUGGUGAUCAGCAGGGUGUGACCAAGGACCAGAAUGUUCCCUUGAAGCCAUUACCAGCCCCACUAGUUCCAGAACGACUUCCAUCUGCCAAACUCUCUGCAGUCAAGUCUGUUCUCAUGGAUGGAGACAUCCCUGUGAGUGAAAUCAGCGUGAACUAUGGCAGUAACCACUUCAAGGUCACAGACGAUGGGGAAGUGGUGGUUCCCACGGCCCCUCCUGCUUACUGUCAUGGGGAGGAGAGGUUCGAGGAUGCACUGGGUGAGGCCAUGAAGAUCUGCCCAGUUUGUAAUGAGACAUUCUCUGCCGACAUUGACCAAGCCAACUUUGACGCUCACAUACUGAGUCACGUUCAAAAAAUCUGUCCGAUCUGUCACAACAUGAUAGAAGAAGUGGACGACAAUGGAUUCGAAUUUCACGUCAAUCAGCACCUGGAUAAAGACCAGAACCAGGAAUAAAACUGGACAGGGACUGGAGUCUGGAAUAAACCCAGACAAGGACCGGAAUCUGGAAUAAAGGACACUUAAACAUACACUGUACCCAAUACACAUAAUACAUGAACACAUCUUCUGACUACACAUAUCUUCGAGAAAACAUUUUGUCUUCUUAAAAAUAUCACUAUCCUAUUAAGUUUGUAAUGUUUUAAAAGAUCAGGAACCAUUCUGUAGAAAGAUGGUCUGGAACCAUUCUUCAGAAAGAUGAUCGUAAUUGAAACAAUCGAUUUCACACGUACUGGUCAUGUAAAUAAAAACAAUAUACACAAUAUUUGUUGUACAUGUAAAUAAGACAGUGUGCACAGUCUUUGUAAUAAGUUUGAUCACUGAAUAAAUGUAAGGUGUGCUGUAUUCUGUGAUGUACGUGAUGAGAUUCCUGAAAUUACCUUGUGGAUUGAUAGACAAUGUAUAGUAGAAGACAUUGUCAUUAUUAUCUAACCUUUAUCUAGUACUGGGUAUCUUUUCUGCGUUAUAUACAAAUUGAUCAGUCUGUAUUCUGUGAAGUACUGUAGAUUCCUCAUUUUACACGAGAACUUAAUAUCGUGAAAUGACUUGUAGACGUGAAAUGACUCGUAGGCGAGAACAUGAAUUUGUGAGCGGACUGUUGAUUAAGGAGUUUUAAGCAAUAUAAAGAUAUGAGAGAGUAAUUUUAUUUUACGAGUGAUGCUUCUCGCAAAAUUACGUGAUAAUGAAUCCGUGUACCAGUUAGGAAUCUACUGUAUGUUAGUGUUGUGACAUCCUGAUUGUAAGUAUACUUAGAUGUGCAUUGUGUGUAUAUAUCUUUAUUUUUCUUCUUCUGCUUUUCAGAUGUGCUUUUUAUUUGAUGUGUUUCUUGUUUCAUGUCAUAAAUGCAUUUCUGACACAAUGUUUAAUCUGAAACUUUGCUGGAUGAAGUACAAGUUUCUGAAGAUUUAGUCUAUCAUUACAAACACAAGUAGUGUACAAGGAGAAUGAAAGUAGAACUUUAUUGAUAUGAAUAUUUUACUUAUGCUUGUUGUUAUGUAAGUUUUUGCCACUUCUGAAAAUCAAAUUGUAAUAUUUGAAAUGUAACAUUUAUUUAUCAGUGUCACGUUGCCUGACGUUGGUAAAUUUUACGAUUCGUAUAUGGUAAAGGUACAUGAGUGAUUUUAGUCAAAUAGACGAGGAAAUCAGAAGAUUGAUGUUUGAACAGUGAGAAAGGUCACAUGACCUAAAGCAAAUCACCGGUGGAUCCAAGAUUUGGAGGAUGACUUUGUGUUUUAUGAGCUUAAGAGCUCCUGUUAUGCAACACUGUGGUUAAAAUCUUUUUCUUUGCAACUUGGUUUAUUUUGUAAUCAUAUUUUAAUUAUACGGAUCAUUAAUAUUUAAUGUUUACUUUGAUGUUUGGAGAGGAAACUGAUACUAUGAAGUCGAGUAAAGGUUCGAGAUAUUUCCACGUAUUAGUGAUAAGACUGAUUUUCCUUCAAGUGUAAAUUAAAUUCAAUAUACAUAA